UGUUCUGGCAUCUUCUCUUUCCGAAGCUAGAUAUAUUCUUCAUUAAGUUUAUUCUCUAUUAUGAUAUCCAAUCUCAACCUUGAAAGUUGUGCCAAACCCAUGGCGAAUUUGAAGAUGUGCAUUCAGUGGUGCUGAGGGCUUCCCACCCUUUUUUGUACUAAACCAAUUAGGAGUAACCGCAGAUUAUUUAUUAAACUCUUGCAUCAAGUUCUCAUUCACAUCAGAUGAAAUAGAACAGAAAAGCGAUUCGAUCUACCACAGGAAAGGAAGUUUAUUUUUCCUGCAGGUAAUUGUUCAAGUAUUGAUUAUGAGAGCCAUAAGAUGAUUAAAAAUUCAAGAGAAAAUGGUUUCCCGAUGAAACAAGAAGACAUCAUAGAUGAUGCAAAGAUAUUCAAAGGACAAUCUAGUUCAAGACCAUGGUUAGGUCUGAAGGAUCCACGAAUUGUGCGGGUUUCCCAAUCCUUUGGAGGAAAAGACCGGCACAGUAAGGUGCGCACCAUCAGAGGUUUGAGAGAUAGACGUGUAAGAUUAUCCGUGCAGACUGCAAUUCAAUUAUACGACCUUCAGGAUAGGCUCGGGCUUAAUCAACCUAGCAAAGUUGUAGAUUGGUUGCUGAAUGCUGCGCAGCAUGAAAUUGAUGAACUUCCUCCGCUUCAUAUGCCUCCAGAAUUUUUUCUUCAGUACCAACAGCCAAUUCCAGUUUCUCAUGAAGCAGCCCCGUCCCAAGAUCCAUCCAGUUCCAUCUCUGGUGCAAAUACUUACAUGAGCAACGAUGCUGGGACUGUGGAAGAUCAAACAACAUUCCCCAAAUCUACUCAUUGGAACUCGAAUGUUCCUUCGAGAACUAAAUGUAAAGAUGUUAGAAGAGAAGCAAACCUGGAGAAAGGAAUGGAGAAAGAAAAUAAGGAAGUAAUUGAAGUUCUUAGUUCACCAUUAUCAGCUUAUUAUUCUCUUCCUCCACAUAACUAUCCUUCCAAUAUCCCCAACACUUCCUACUUUCAUUGGGAUUUCCCUCCAAACGGGUCUGUAUACAAUCCAAUGGGACAUGGAUAUUCAUCUCAAAUGGAAGAAUCCCAUAACUACACUACUAAGUCAGUACCAUCUUCCUCGUCUCUAUUGCCUGGACCUCAGCCAAUAUUUCCUUCGCACUUUAGUACCUCAAUAGAUUGCAAUCAGAAGCAAAUCAACCACAUUCAGAUGUUGAGCUCAUCUUCACAACAUCUCCUACCAAGCUCCAUCACUACAUCUCUUUACUCAAUUAACCCUGCCAUGAAACCCAUUCAUCACCAUCCUCAAAUCAACCAUGAUGGUCAAUCAAAUGCCUUGCAUAUGGGUAGUGUCAACUCUUCUGGCAGCAUUGCAAGUUUCUUUCUUGGAUCCAAUUCCUCUUCUUUCAUGUAAGAACAUGUGGGUUGGAUCAAGAACACAUGACAAUAGCUAUUGCACCGAUGGUGAUGAGAAUGCAAUGCUGGUUGUAUGGUCAGUUUCAUUGUAUCUUUUGAUGCAUGGAAGGGGUGAAUGCGUGGUGUGGAAACACAUUUUCAUCAUAUAUUGAAGAGGAUUCUACAUACUCUUAGAUGAUGUAAACUAAUGAGACUGUAAUAAGACCUUGUAUUUGUUCAUUAUAUGAUAGCUUGUUAUUUUUUGUGGAGCCU